AUGGAGAACUUAAACUCAAAAACAAACCCGGAGGAAGGAGAGAGCGAUACAGGCAGCUCUGUAAAUAUCGACCUGACUGGUGGAACACAGAGCGAACAAACAAAAAGGGCUCGUAGGACUGAAGCGAUGAAAAAGCGCUUAAAGGAAGGGAAAGGUGAUCAAACUUGUCUCGAAUAUGCUGCAAAGCUUGCGGAUGAGCUAAAUGGCACAAAUAUGAAAAUUGAGAAAUGGGUGAAAAAUGAAAUAAAUAAAAGGUGGAAUGAAGCUUCAGGAUUAAGACACUCCAAAAUGAUGAUGAAGGAACCGAAUACGCGUAGAGCCAAAUCUCUCUUAAACCUAAGUAGAAACGAUUUAAGAGUUAUGAUGGGGGUCUCAACAGGACACUGCUGCUUAUACAAACACUUGAAUUCAAUGCAAAGGACGCAACUUAUAAAUUGUAGAUAUUGCAGAGGCAUGACUGAAGAAACUAUGAAACAUGUUGUAGCAUCUUGCGAUGUACAUUCUAGAACAAGACUAAGGAUCUUCGACCACAGUGUCAUCAAUGCUGAGGGGCUCGCGGAGGUGGAUCUGGAGGAUCUUCUCCUCUUCAUGACGAGAACGGGUGUCCAGACUCCGGAGCACUUCCUUCGACUUCUUCGGCUGAUGUCAACUGUCUUAAUGCCUCCAUUGUUGAUGGGUCUAAAAUGUGAUUAA